AUGAUGGAAAAUGUUACGUUUCCAACGCUGGGGAGCCAUUGAAGACAGUUGAGUUGAGCCAUGGCCUUAUCUCCAACCUUCCAUACAAUUCUCACCACCUCUCUCUCUGCCCCAUCCCCUAAGCUUCCCCCUUCUAUCUCUUCACCCCAACGCUUUCCCUUCUUAAUCAAACCCCUCCACCCCAAUGCCUUCAAUCUCUCAACAUCAUCAUCUGCUCCUGAUCAGAAAUGGAGGGUUAACGUUUCUUUCUUCCCAGCCUUUUUAAACAAAGGCAAGGAUGCUAAGGUUCUCAAGCAAGACCUUCUUGAUUGCAUUGCACCACUUGACCGAGGUGCCGAUGCCACCCCCGAGGACCAGCAGAGAGUUGAUCAGUUAGCAAGCAAACUUGAAGCAGUUAAUCCCACAAAGCAGCCUCUGAAAUCUGAUUUACUAAAUGGAAAAUGGGAGCUUAUUUACACCACUUCCAAAUCUAUUUUGCAAACUCAGAGACCGAAAUUCCUAAGAUCUUCUACAAACUACCAAGCAAUCAAUGUGGAUACACUUAGGGCCCAAAACAUGGAAUCUUGGCCUUUCUUCAACCAGGUUACAGCAGAUUUAACACCUCUGAAUGCAAGGAAAGUGGCUGUAAAAUUUGAUUAUUUCAAAAUUGGAGGUUUGAUACCUAUAAAGGCACCUGGAAGAGCUCGUGGUGAACUAGAGAUUACUUAUUUGGAUGAAGAACUGAGGAUAUCAAGAGGUGAUUUAGGAAACUUGUUCAUCUUGAAAAUGAUCGAUCCUUCUUACCGCGUCCCUGUCUAGUGAAAUGCAGCAUUAGCAUCAUCGCUCUGCCAUUAAGCUUUACUAGCAAUGGAUCUACUCUUACAACAGUGGUCUUGUAUUUGAUACACAGCAGACAGUCAUUUUUUAUGUUUUAUGGCUUUAUAUAUAUUUAAUGUAAAGAUUUGUAUUCGAUACGCAUACACUAUAUUACAACACAUUUUUAAUAAAUAAAUCAUAUUGACUUA